AGAACUAAGUUUUCCCUUGGUUUUUAAAUCACUUCCGUGGCUUUUGCGGUUUUCUAAUCAAGAUAUUAUAUCCAAAUCCGUUUAAUAUCUCUAGUUUCUACUGGAAACCAGAUGUUGUGGCCAGAUGUUGGCUUUUAAGAUUAAGAUUAAAGGUUUUGAAAGUGUUAAUAUUAUUUAAAAUUAUCUUCAGGGCUUGCCAUAAAAAGAUUAUAGUUUUAGCUGCAAGAAACUAAUUUUAUUAAGAGUAAACCACCCAAGAGAACUCUCUUUAGAUUAUUUUUCAAGAGAAUUUCUAAAAGCUGCUUGGCAAGCUGACUGCUUUAAUCAGUCAACCAUUUGUUGUUUGCUUCUCGUGCGUAAAGGUUGUUGUUUUCGUUUAAUAAAAAAAUGAGCGCAAAAUUGGAAGCUAUUGACUUGUCAGUUUUGCAGAAAUUUCAAGAGCUCUUCAAGCAAAAUUGGCCGAAAUAUUGUCAGGAAUUUUACUGCCUGGACAACUUUAUAGAGUUUCUAAAGAAACAACCAGAAAUCAAGAAUUUGCAACUUUAUACUUUGUCCACAAAGCAGGCCAGAGAUGAGGGUCUAUUCGUUAUAGUGGAUCGCUAUCAGCUGUUUGCAGGGAGUUUGAACAACACAAAUGGUCUCUUGGAAACGGCUUUGGACUUAUUGGACUGGUCAAAGGGCUUGAAAUGUAGUUCUAUUCCUUCAAGACAUAUCGAAGCCUUGGACAAGGUGGUGGCAGCCAAAAAAUUGAAUUUAGUUUUCAGAGAUCCCACGGAUUUAUUUUAUAUGAAGGCAGAGGAGGCUCUUCAGCUGAAGGUUGAACCUCCUGCUGGCUUUGUUUUGAAAUCUCUGAGUGUUGAAGAUGCUCCUUUGGUGAAUGAAGAAUGGCCUAAUCAUCACUUGGGUUCUUUGUAUUUUAUAGAGCGACAAAUCCUCUUGUGUGUCAGUGUGGGACUUUAUAAUGUUGAUACCCAGGAGCUGGUGGCCUGGUGCAUAAGACUACAAGGCGGCUAUUUGGGUGCUCUACAAGUCAAGGACUCACAGAAACGACGAGGAUUUGGCAGCCUGGUAACCAGGGAAAUCUCCUACCGUCUAGCCUCUCAGGGACAUGAUGUGAUGGCUCUGGUGGGACACUCGAAUGCCCCAUCUGCGGGCAUGUUCCGGAAACUGGGCUUCCAGGUAAUCGAUCAGUGUCUUUGGCUUAGAACGGAGCCCACCGAAGGAGACUUUGUAUGGCCCGAGGGCGAGUAACUCAGAAUUAAAGAAGGUUUUUGGCUGAUUCUUUUUGUAUUGUUAAAUGAAAAGCUAAGAAAAUAAUAAUAAUAAUAAUGUUUUCCUAGUCCCACUUUUCUUACUGUGGUGAACGAUUUUAGUAAAAAAUUCUAUGUGUAAUUCUUCCUUUUUUUUAUAAAUUUUAC